AUGGCUAUAUUUGGCUUGAGUCAUACAGUCAACACUAAGGUUGGUGAUGAUUAUGUGCGAGGUGUUAGCGGUGGUGAACGAAAACGUGUCAGCAUUGCGGAACUUACGUUGUCUGGUGCACCGGUAGCCUGCUGGGACAAUUCAACCAGAGGAUUGGAUUCUGCCACAGCCCUUGAGUUCACCCAAGCCUUGCGGGUCGGAGCUGAUGUUAUGGGAGGCACUUAUGCAGUUGCCAUUUACCAGGCAAGCCAGGCAAUCUACGAUAUCUUCGACAAAGCCAUUGUUCCCCGGACCCCGCGGGAGUUUGAAGAGUAUUGGCGUCAAUCUCAAGCGUUCAAAGACAUGCAGGCUGAGAUCGAAGAAAGCGAGAACACAUACCCAAUAGGAAGCUCAGCCUUGACAGAAUUGCGUGAAGCACGCCAGCAGGCUCAAGCAAAGCACGUUCGUCCAAAGUCUCCGUAUACCAUUUCGAUAGCGAUGCAAGUUAAAUUAAUAAUGUCUUUGAUUAUCGGAUCCCUCUUCUUUGAUACACCGCAAGUCACCAGCAGUUUCUUCUCAAAAGGCUCAGUCCUCUUUUUCGCUAUUUUGCUUAAUGCCUUGCUUUCUGUAUCUGAAAUUAACACGCUUUAUGCCCAACGACCUAUCGUCUCCAAGCAUGUUUCCUUCGCUUUCUAUUAUGCAUGGGUUGAAGCCCUUGCAGGGAUUGUCUCUGAUGUCCCUAUAAAAUUCGUCAUAAGCACAGUCUUUAAUGUAAUCAUCUACUUCCUCGGUGACCUGAGGAGAGAACCUGGAAAUUUUUUCAUUUUCUUCCUCUUCACGUUUGUCACUACGUUAACUAUGUCCGCGAUAUUCCGAACUCUAGCCGCUGCAACGAAAACUAUAUCUCAAGCACUCGCAUUCGCGGGAGUCAUGGUCUUAGCAAUUGUCGUAUAUACCGGUUUCACUAUCCAGCGAUCUUAUAUGCACCCAUGGUUCAAAUGGAUCAGCUGGAUCAACCCAGUAGCAUAUGCAUUUGAAGCUAUCCUAGUCAAUGAAGUGCAUAAUCAGCGGUACCCAUGUGCUGAUAUUGUUCCUCCUUACGGCCAAGGAAAUAAUUUUCAAUGUCCAGUUGCUGGUGCUGUAGCCGGUGAGACGUCUGUCUCUGGCGACGCGUGGGUUGAGUCACAAUAUGGCUACAAGUAUACACACCUCUGGAGAAAUCUUGGAUUUAUCUUCGCCUUUCAGGUCUUCUUUUACGUCCUUUACCUCUUUGCGACACAAAUGAACACAGACUUGGGCUCCUCCGCGGAAUUUUUAGUGUUCCGACGUGGGAAUGUUCCCAAGUACAUGUUAGAGGAGAAGGAUGAGGAAAAUGGCGAAAUAGCGCGCCCCGGCGAUGUCGAUGUUGCUGCUCCUCAGGAUACGGCCAACGGAGAAGAUAAAACCGACAUUCUCCCUCCCCAGACUGAAAUUUUUACGUGGCGAAAUGUGGUAUAUGACAUCACAAUUAAAGGAGAGCCGAGGAGGCUACUUGAUCACGUCUCUGGAUGGGUCCGCCCUGGCACUCUGACUGCAUUGAUGGGUGUAUCCGGUGCAGGUAAAACAACACUGCUUGACGCUCUUGCCCAGCGAAUUUCUGUAGGGGUUAUUACCGGGGAUAUGUUCGUCAAUGGAAAACCACUUGACCCUUCGUUCCAGCGUAAAACAGGCUACUGUCAACAACAGGACCUUCACCUUGAGACCACCACAGUUCGUGAGGCACUUCGCUUCUCUGCAAUGUUGAGACAGCCAAUGACUGUCUCAAAGGCAGAAAAGUACGCUUUUGUUGAGGGCGUUAUCAAGAUGUUGAAUAUGGAAGAUUUUGCCGAAGCUGUUGUCGGGAGCCCUGGCGAGGGUCUCAAUGUAGAGCAACGCAAGCUCCUCACCAUUGGCGUGGAAUUAGCUGCGAAACCACAACUUCUGCUUUUUCUUGACGAGCCUACUUCUGGUCUCGAUUCGCAGAGCUCAUGGGCCAUAGUUACUUUUCUCCGGAAACUCGCCAAUAAUGGCCAGGCCGUGCUUUCCACCAUCCACCAGCCGUCUGCAAUAUUAUUCCAAGAGUUUGAUCGACUGCUAUUCUUGGCAAAGGGCGGGAGGACAGUCUAUUUUGGAGAUAUUGGAGAAAAUUGCGAGACCCUGCUCAAGUACUUUUCAGAUCAUGGUGCUGAACCCUGUGGCCCCGAUGAAAACCCAGCGGAAUACAUGUUGAAUGUUGUUGGAGCGGGACCUAGCGGCAAAUCAACACAGGAUUGGCCAGAAGUAUGGAAUGCUAGUCCGCAGCCGCGGAAGUUCUGA